AUGGCGCUCCCAGGGCUCGCUCCUCGAGCAUUGAGGCCGCUCAGAGAAGCUACUCCUGCUUGCCGCCCAUCUUAUCGCACAAUCUCCGCGCGGGCAUGCCCACAACCAAGGAGAGUAAUACUGGGGCAAACAACUGUCAUCGGAGCUGCAGGUCGUAAGACGGAUCCCAUCCGACCGGUUCCAACACAAGGUCUACUACAGCAACGGCGACAGCAGAGCUCGACCGCGACGCCAGCGCCGACGUUCUACACCGAAGAGGAACCCGGCAGAACAGCGCUAUACGACCUCCACCUGAAGCAUGGCGGCAAAAUGGUGGAGUUCGGCGGCUACUCCAUGCCAGUGCAGUAUGGCGACUUGUCCAUCACCAACAGCCACAACUGGACAAGAGAAAAGUGCUCGCUGUUCGACGUUGGCCACAUGGUGCAAUACCACUGCGACGGACCUGGCGCUGAGUCGCUUCUCGAGACUGUCACGCCUGCUGGAUUGAAGGACCUGGCGCCCGGCCAAUCUACGCUCUCUGCGCUGCUACACCCAGUCACGGGUGGUAUUGUGGACGAUUGCAUGAUCACGCGGCUCGAGGAAGGGCCGAAACAUUUGUUCUACGUCGUCACGAACGCCGGCAAUCGAAAGAAGGACUACGAUUUCUUCAAUGCUGCCAUUGAGAAGUGGUCAGACACCAUGAACCCGUAUGUCCAGCUCAGGCAUUUGGAAGCUGAAGGCCAGCCUUUCGGACUGGUUGCACUACAAGGCCCGCUUUCAGCCGAGAUACUAGGCGCGGCACUCUCCAGCGCUUGCAAGGUCGACGUCAGUAAAUGGUACUUUGGCAAUACUAAGCACAUCACGCUUGCCCUUCCCUCUGGUGAGAGCCUGCCGAUUGUGGCAAGCCGAGGUGGUUAUACCGGCGAAGACGGCUUCGAGCUUUCGAUCCACCCAUCACAGACCAUCGAAGCCACGGAGCAGCUGCUGAAGGUUGGAAGUGAGGACAACCUUCGCAUGGCCGGUCUGGGAGCGAGAGACAGUCUGCGUCUGGAGGCCGGCAUGUGUCUCUACGGGCAUGACAUAGACGACAGCACGACUCCUCCAGAAGCAGCGCUUAACUUUAUCAUUCCGAAGCACAGACGAACAGCAGACGACAUUGGCUUCCACGGUGCGGAGACAAUCAUACCUCAGCUGACGCCAGUCUCGAAAGGCGGCAAGGGAGUAUCAAGACGCCGCGUGGGUUUGAUUGUCGAAGGUGCACCUGCCCGUGAAGGUGCUGGCGUUGUCAGCCAGGAAGGCAAAGCAAUCGGGACGGUCACAUCUGGCUGCCCAAGCCCGACGUUGAAGAAGAAUAUUGCCAUGGCAUAUGUGGAGGACGGGAUGCACAAGUCUGGGACUGAAGUGCAGGUUGUGGUGCGGGGGAAGAACAGGAAGGCGACGGUCACCAAGAUGCCGUUUGUGCCAAAUAAGUUCUACAGAGGGGCGAUGUAG